GCUACUACCGUUGGAGCCUAUAAGGACGUAGCUGUAGCGUACAGAGAACGAAGGCUCGAACGCUUAAAAGAUAUGUGAAAAUAAUCGUUUAAAAACGUGUAAAAUUUGCAUUUGGCUUAUUUUUCACGUCCCAGUGUAUUAAUUAUUUGCAUCGCGUUAGUAAUCUUCAUGGAAAAGAUCAGUUUCUCAUAGUUUCAUGUAGCCUCUUAUUCCAGCGAAAAGUGCGUGCGCGUUGUGUUCUUCGAGUGAUUCGUGAUGCGCGACGAACGAUUUGUAAAAGUAUUUGAACGAACGUGUUCGCGUUGUAACAGUUGAAACUGCUUGUUUGAACAAUUUUUAGCGUUCUAUAGAAUGCGUGGAAUAAAUUCUUGCUACACCAAUCUAGUUGAAAGCGUGAAAAAUAAUAACAUAACUCUACUCAGAUAUAAUAGUUCGGCGCGCCUUUCAAAUUGUGUUAGAGAUUUGCCUGACGCCCAGUUAUGCCUAUCUGCGAUACAUCGGCAUUAGUUAUUAAAGUUUGCAAAUUAUAUUAAAAUUUAGUUCACUGAACCUUAUCCGCAGAGCUUAUAAAAGUUUAUGAUUAUUCACGAAUUAUGUAACUGGUAACAAUUCUAUUCCGUGAUAGAAGACAUUAUAUACUGUUAGAAUGGAAGAAGAAAUUGUAGUAGAUGAUAUAGAUGAAAAUAGUAACUCGGAGACACUACAGUCAGAUGAUCCAACAACAUCCGUUAUGCCUUUAUUAUAUAUUCAACAAAAUAAAUUGCGUUCUGCACCACCGACAACAACAAAUCAAGCCAUGGUUUCGUCCAAUGCAACACAACUUGCUGCUAUUAUUAAUCCAGUCAAUAAUCAGAUUGUCACUGGGCAAAAUAAAGUAUUUAUACAAGGGCCAAGUCAGGUUACUACUUCCCAAAGCAAACAACAUAUUGUAAUUCAUCGGCCAAUUAAUACUGUUAGUACUACAACAACUUCGCAAGGCCAGAAACAUAUUCUGCUCAGAAAGUCUAAUACGUCUACUGCUCAGAUUGUGCCCUUAAGUACUUCUCAGGGAAAUCAAAGUAAUACCCAAGCUGGCAAGCAUACGUUUGCAUAUCUUGGAACGCUCAUCAAACCCAACAAGUCACGUGAAUCUGUUGUUAUUCCAGCAGGUGCUCUAACAACGACUCAAAUAGCUAAACCAAAAUUGGUAAUUGCACCAGUUAUAUCUCAAUUAGCUCAGACAUCAACAAAUACAACCGCAGGAUCUCAAAGUCAACCUCCUAAACACAUGGCAAAUUUAUUAUUACCUGUCAGUAUUCCUCAACAAAGUGGACCUACUAAAUCUAGCAUGUUUAAUUUAAAAAUUAAUAAUGGCCAAAUUAACAGCGAUAACAAAGGAACUAUUACAGUUUUACGGGAGUCCAAAACAACAAAUUCAGCCACACAUCCACCGCCUUUACAUCCUAUUGCAAAAAUGAGUUUAUUAAAUGCAAAUAAAGGAAAUAAUAAUUCCACAGACAGUAUAAAAAUUACAGAAAAUCCAGAUUCAGCUGUCAUUACUCCUAUUCCAAAAAAGGAUGACAUUAAUAUGCCUGAGAAAAGAAAAAAGACCAUAAGUAAUAUAUUAAGAGGAUCCACCGAAAAGAGACUGAAAAAACAAAAUCUUUCAAAGUCCCCUCAGGAAAGUAUGGUUGAUGUAAGUUAUGCUCUAAGUAGUCCAGAAUCAGAGCAAGACAAGGACAAAAAAGUUCAAAAUGAUGAUGAUAUUACAUUGAUUAAAGUAGUUCCUAGUGAAGAUAAAAGUAUAAAACUUCCUAACACAAAUAUGGAUGAUGAUAUAAAAAUAGAAAUUAUUAAAACACGCACAAAUUGUGGUGUUGAGUCAAUUUCAGACAAUAAAACAGACUCUAAAAUUAAUAAUCACGAAGAUUUAAAGGAUCAUUUAAAUACAACGCAUACAAAUGAUUCAAAUUUCGAUGCUACAAAAGUAUUAGAUUGGAAAGAUGGUGUCGGUACACUUCCUGGAAGUACUUUAAAGUUUUGUAUGAACGAAUUCGGUAUUAUGGAAGUAGUAGAUGAGGAUGAAACCAACAAACAAAGUAAAGAUAGUAUUGGUGAUAAAGAAAACGUUUGUUCGACUCAAAAUUCUUCAAAAUCCAGUCCCCCAACUGUGAAUAAUAUUAAUGCCGAGAAGAAACCCGAUGAUAGGAAAUCUAGGACUAUUUCGGCUGACACAAUGUAUCAUUGUGAAGGUUGUGGGUGCUAUGGUUUAGCAGCAGAAUUUGAAAGUCCAAUAUCGUGUAGUCCAUCGUGUACAGAAAUAAUAGAAGCUAAGAAACAACCUGCAAUACGAAAAGAGAAAGAUUUAAAAGAUUUACGUGCGAAACGGAAACGUAAAAAGUUAUUGCAGGAACAACAACAGUCUAAAGAAACGGACGAAAAGUUGGAGGAAAAAGUACAAGAUAAAAUAAAAUCAGAAACGGAUGAAGAUACGAAAGAUACUAUUACAGCUAUGGACGAUGAGAGCCAAGGAGAUUCCGCCGAAUCUAAGUAUCCUUGGCAGACAGGAAAACUUGGAUUUUCAUGGUCUAAAUAUUUGGAGCACUGUAAAGCAAAAGCGGCGCCUGUUAAGCUGUUCAAGGAUCCUUUUCCAUACACUAAAAACCAUUUCAAAGUUGGCAUGAGACUAGAAGGAAUAGAUCCCGAACAUCCGUCACGUUAUUGUGUUCUUACAGUCGUUGAAGUAGUAGGUUACAGAAUACGUUUGCAUUUCGAUGGAUACCCAGAAAAUUAUGAUUUCUGGGUAAAUGCAGACAGUAUGGAUAUCUUUCCUGCUGGAUGGUCAGAGAAAAAUGGACAUCGAUUAGACCCACCGAAGGGUUAUGUAGCUAGUAAUUUUAAUUGGAACGCGUAUCUUAAAAUUUGCAAGGCUACCGCAGCACCGAAAAAUAUAUUUUCAAAUAAAAGUUCGGUCUUUCCAACUGGUUUCCGCGUAGGAAUGAAAUUGGAAGCGGUAGAUAGAAAACAUUCUUCGCUGGUUUGUGUAGCUAGUAUAGCAGGCCUAAUGGAUUCUCGCAUAUUGGUACAUUUCGAUUCUUGGGACGAAGUGUACGAUUAUUGGGCCGAUGCAAGUUCUCCGUACAUUCAUCCUGUAGGAUGGUGUCAUCACAAUGGUCACAGUCUCACACCACCAAACAAUUAUAAAGACCCAAAAUCUUUCACAUGGGAUGCAUAUCUUAGAGAAACUCAUUCUAUGGUUGCCCCAGCUAGAGCUUUUAAACAACGGCCGCCUUGUGGAUUCAAGCGUGGAAUGAAACUCGAAGCAGUCGAUAAACGCGUACCUCAAUUAAUAAGGGUAGCAACGGUUGAAGAUGUAAAAGAUCACAUGUUAAAAAUACGAUUUGAUGGGUGGCCAGAAAAUCACGCUUACUGGGUCGACGACGAUUCUCCGGAUAUACAUCCUAUGGGCUGGUGUUUGAAAACUGGUCAUCCCUUGGAACCACCAUUGACACCGGAUAACUUGAAUGACAGGCCAGAGUGUGGAACCUAUGGUUGCAGGGGAAUAGGGCACGUAAAAGGACCUAAGUAUGCUACGCACAAUUCUGCGUCUGGUUGUCCAUAUUCACCUCAAAAUCUUCAUAAAGUUAGGCAGUUGUCAGAUAGGCUCAAUUUAAAACAUGAAACGUGUGAUUUUGAGGACGAUGUACAAGAUAAACCAAAAACAGAAAAGACUGAUAAAAUAAAAAUGGAAAAGUCUGAGAAAUUCGAGAAACUCGAGAAAUCAUUCUUUUCGGACGAACGCUUAACGAAGACUGAGAAAGAUAUUAAGCAAGAGGAUGGUGAUUUCUUCGAUAAACAUGACAGGCCUGAAAAUCUAGAAAAGUUAAGUAGAUCGAAACACCAUCACAGCGAUGGACAAACAGACGACGAUGAACUUUUGAGGAAGAGAAAGAAAAGACGACAGAUAUCCGAAGAGAAUUUAUACUCUCUAUCAAAUACUUAUAGCGACUCGCCAUUAACUUCGAUACCUUAUGCCGCAAAUAUGCCCGAUAAGCAGCUGCGUACAGAAUUGUACCAAUCGGUGUAUAAUCCUGGAUAUAAUCCAUUACCGGAUGCACCACACAUAUGGGCAAAACAUAGCAACGCUUUAAACAGGGUAGUAGCGAAGCAAAAUACGAAUCCCCGAAGGUGGUCGAACGAGGAAGUUAUUAAGUUUAUACAGAGCGUGCCCAAUUGUAAAGAAAUUGGAAAUAUUUUCAGGAAACAUAAUAUUGAUGGAGAGGCAUUUUUAAUGUUAACUCAAGAGGACUUGGUGUCGUUAUUGGGAUUACGUCUUGGCCCUGCUAUUAAAUUAUACAAUAGUAUAGUUCUUCUGCGACGGAGGGCAACAUGAAUGUUGUGCGAUGAACGCACACAUAAUUGGAUAUUGCAAAGUGUAAAGUGGCAGCUAUCGCGAUGAUAAUGUCAAACAUAUUUAUUUGAGAAUUUUAACGAAUCAUCGAGAUAGAAAGGUACAUAUUUUCUAUCGAGAUUAGGGAUGUUGGUUUCAUCAGUAGAAAGAGAAAACAAAGAAGGAAUUUUUAAAUUCAAUGACACGAAAGAUCGAUCGUCGAAGAGUGAAAAGACAAUUGUGUUUAAAAUUGAAAUGGACGAUUCCCCCGACUUUAUAAAAUAUAAGCAUAGCUCGAAUUUACGCGCAUGAUAAGUACUUACGAUUGUCCGUUUUAAUUUUUCUUAUACAGUGAAGUGCAUUCGAUCAUGUACAAAUGUAAAUAUUAAUGAUCUUAAUAAUUAAAUAUUGUAAUACAAAAAUAAGAAAAAUGUCUUGAAGUAAUUUUCUUAACCUACAAUGCUUGUU